CCGCAGUGUGCUGUGCCUGGCUGAUGCCACUAUGCCUCUAGACUCCUUUCGCCGACGGAAUAGAACUGGAGAUCCGGCCUCCUCAUUGGUGAAGAACGGGCGGGGCGCCGAUUCAAACCUGCUGGCGAAAGACUCUACUCACGCAGUCGGAGCCGAUGACACGCCGCGGCCUCCGCCCAGUUACAGUAAUCCAAUCCAUUCCUCGCAAAUACACAGACGCGCGGGCCCUCGGCGCACAUACAAAACCGAUCCCCACGCACAGUCAAGAUGCGUCUUGCCCGUUUCCACACUCCUUUCUCCCACUGUCUCUCGCACUUCGCUUUCUCGUCGCGUCGUGAAGGAUGGCCGUGAAAUUUGGGGGCAAAUUUGGGGCGAUGGUGGGGGCGACCAUGGUAGCACUGAAGCUAAAGGAUAGUUAUGACGAAUACUCGUCGCUCCCCAAUGAGGAGGAGGGGCUCGGUCAUGGGCCCGUGGCCCUGAGGACAGCGAACCUCGACGAGGACGCCCCAGACGGCGCGUCGCUCCUCGACACCACUCUCCCCAGCGGCCGUUCGAAGCGGCAGCACAGGGCGGACUGUUGCGUCUGCUGCGGUUUGCGAUGCGGGCUGUUCUGGAAGGCGUUCGGCAUUGUUUGCUUGCUCUUCCUUGGAUGGCAGGCGAUCAGAUUAGUCAUUUGGGCUGCCAAGCCCAAGGAGACGGGUCUAGAGGGUAUGCCCGAGUUCAGCACUUCUCUGGGCUGUAUGGACGCACCAAAGCUGUACAAGGGGGGCAAGUUCGACGUCACCAUUCCUGUCGGGGUGAACCAGAACAAGGGCGACCACUCAAUGGACUUCCGUGGCGGUGCGGUCGGGACGAUCGUCGUUGCGCAGGGCGAGGCGGAUCUUCAGGAGGUCAAGUACGAGAUUACUCUCAGGGGGAGCACAGAGGAUCUUUUCGAGGGUGUCGUCCUCGACUACCCCACGCCGGAGGAGGUCGCACAGAACACGAAGAGCAGUCGCUUGCAACUCGCCGUGCCCGCUCCUGUCACCCCGCAGUGCGCGCGCUUCGACGUGACCGUAUUCCUCCCGCCCGCUGUGAAGACGUUACACAUCCAGACACAUGCAACGACGCAGGUCAAGUUCGACCCCGACUCCAACUUUAACCUGAACACGCUCUUCGUGACGUUUUACAAGCUCAGCAAGCUGAAUAUGUUCCUGCCGAUCGAGGGCAUCCACGCGAACACGUUCAUGUAUCAGAUGUCGGAGGGCUGGCUCGUCGGCGACGUGACGGUGGUCAACGAUGCAACGCUCAACACCCAGCGCGGCGACGCGACGAUGAACGUCCGCGUGCACCCCGCGCCCUCGAGCUCGGAGCCCCCUGCGCCGGUGAAGCUGCUCACGUCGACCGGCGCAGGCCGCGCAGACGUGUUCUUUGUGAACCACGCUGGGUUCCCGCAUCGGCCGAUCGACAGCACACACCACACUUCGAUGAACGGCAAGGGCACGUACCUGACGUACAAGAAGGCGGGGUUCAACGGGACGGUGGACCUGACCGCGAAGUCGUUCACGGCAACGGGCCUGCUGAAUGCGUUCAAGCAGGACGGCGACUUACCGUACGUUGGAAGCAGAGACGGCGGCGAUAGGAUGCUCAUCAAGUCGCAGGGCUGGGUGGGGCUCUACUUCUGAACCACGGAAGCGAUUGCUUAUCGGUUUCACUUCUCCCGUUAUCUCUCUCUUGUGUAUUGGAUGUCAUCCUUUCUACUCUGUCCUUGUCACUCUCCUUGGCGGACGAUGUUGUGUGCAUCACUUAUACUACCUACUAUAUUCUACAAUUAACAAAGAGACCCAUUCGCAUCCAGCGAGAUACCGCGGAUGCUGCGUGACUG